AUGUAUAGAAGAAAUAGACCACGGGAUUUAGGAGUGAAAAACAUUAAGACCAAUUUCAGACAUCAACUCCACAAAAAUAUCAACAACUUUUCUGAAGACAGAACUCAAAUCCCAUCCUCUCCCACUCUCCCGUCGAGAACGAAGCCUGUCUCCAAAGUAUCAGCACAAAAUUUAAUUUCUGAAACAGGUUCGUGGAUUUCAAAAUUCCAAAGAAUGAAAAGUAUCAAUCAUUACGAAAAUAGUGAUGAAGCUAGCCCACUUUUGCCCCCUACUGAUGCUAAUACUGCUCUAAACAAUCAGGUCGUUCUUAAGAAGCCCACCAAUCGGAGAAUGAUUAUUCCUAAAACGGUAGUUCACAAUAAUUUAAUGAGUUCAAAUCAAGCUAACAGGACUGGUGUAUUGUCUCCUGGACAAAGAACUAAGAGGAAUAAGGGAUUCACCAGCUUUUCGCCCAACCUCAGACAAAUGGAAGCUCGAAGGAACAGAAAGCUCAACACUAUAAAAAUGCCUGUCAGCAUCAAGAAAGUAUCUAAACUAUCUUCAAAAGAAGAGCUUACUUCCAAUACCUCUCGAUCAGUAGAAGACAGUGAAGAAUUAGCCAAGCUGAAGUCUGAGUACGAAAGCUUGCAUAAAGAGAAUACCAAGUUAGUAUCAGAGAAUGCUAGUCUGAACUCUAAAGUUCAGAAGUUAUCCCUGUUCCUCAAAGUUAAAAAUUUCAAAGAUGAAGGGAAGAAUGAUAUCGAUGCUUUAACGCCUGAAUUGCACAAAGCAUUUGAGCAAGAGUUAUGCUCGAUUAAGAAAUCUUUCACAAGUGAGAUUGAAGAUCUUCAAGAGAUGUUAGCUACGAUGAGCGAGGAUUUUUGAAAAAUUCAAACUGAGAUGAGUUUGAAAUUGAAAGAAACAUUCAACAUUAUUUUAGAGAAGGAUGUAGUCAUUCAAGAGCUUGAGGAUCAAAAGGAAGAACUAGAGAGAUAUUUUCACAGACAAAAGAAGAAUUUCAUUGAAGCUAGUGAAUAUAACCAUGUCACUACUGAAAAUUCAGCUCUCAAGAGCAAUCUGAAAAUUAUGAAUUCCCGUCUAGAGGUUCUUGAAAAGGCGAACCAAAACCUUCUAGUCAAAGCUUUACAAAUUAAAGCUAAAUGCUCGUGAACUGGCAAGGAGCCAGAGCCUCUUCAAGUCAAUGACCUAGAUGCUGAACUGAAAGCUAUUGAGGAACAAUCCGAACACACUGCUUAAAAUACAAAUCAAAAUUAGGAACCUUACCUUGGCUAAAGGAUAGGCUAAACUUAUAGAUAAAUAAAGAUUU